UUGCGUGCCUACAUGCUCCUUGUCACUCUUGAAGUAUAACUUAUUAUUGUAUGCAUAUAAUACACGUUGUUUAAAAAAGAAUUUUUUUUAAUAUUAAUUAUUGCAAUGAAUAAUAUCAUAUGCCUCAGUAUUUGAAUUAAUAAUUUUUGUUAUUUAUAAUUUUUUUUCUUGAAGUGCGCAUAUUUUUUAUUUGCCUUAAAUGUCAAAAUAUCUAGUUUCGGUUCUAGAUGUUACGAUACCGCAACGUUUUAAAAUAAGAAUGAAUACUGGCCUGUGAUUGGUUAUGAAAACAUGAAAGUUACUUAAGACUACGGUUUCAAAUAUAAGAACUGAUUGUGAACGGAUGUGAGACAAACUGUGUAAGACAUUCGGUCUCUUGGGAUGUGAGUGAAAGGACAGAAGAUUCUUGCUUAUUUAUUACAACAAUGUCGAAUUUUUUUACUUUGUUGUUUUAUCUUGUUUUCUGUUUAUUAAUCGGUUUUGUGACAAUGUCGAAACCAUUAUCGAUUUUAGUAAUAGAGCCUUUACUAUCAACUAGUCAUCAUAUCUGGACGGUAAAUUUGAUUAAAGGACUGCUUCGUAAAGGUCAUCAUAUACACGCAGUGAGCAUUCAUGAUAUCAAUGUUGAAGGUAAACUCGCGCAGAACUUAACAUACACUGUUUUUGAAGAUGUGAUAAAAACUUAUGAAAAUUCUGACAAUUAUAAUCCGGUUGAAUGGAAAGAGCACAGUGCAUUUUAUAUGACGUAUUUCGUACAUGAGUGGGGCAUUCAAACAUGUGACUCAGUAAUAAAAACUAAAGGAGCGAAAGAGCUUUUGGAAAUGAUCAAAACUGUUGAGUUUGAUGUUAUAGUGCAGGACAUUAGUAUAAAUCUAUGUUUCUUUGGAUUGUGGGAGGUUGCUAAAGGUAAACCACCUGUAGUAGGAUAUAUUCCGUAUGGUUCUGCACCUUGGCUUAAAGAUUAUAUUGGUGGUUUAAGUUAUCCGACAGUACGACAUUAUCCUGCAACUAUUAUGAAACCUGUAGGUUUGUGGCAGAGAACAUGCAAUGUUCUAUAUUACAUUUUAAAUGAUUUUAUACGAUAUUACUAUUUCUUGCCUGUUGUUCAACAACUUGCCGAGAAUUACAUGGGCCAUGCAAUCAGGCCAUUACGUGAAAUAGAAAAAGACAGUAUUAAUAUAGUAUUAAUUAAUACUCAUGCUACACUCGAAUCUGGAAUCCCUUUGCCACCAAACACUUUAGAAAUUGCAGGACUAAAUGCUCAAACUGUAGAACCGGUUGCUGGCGAAGUAGUUGUAACAUGUCCUGAGAGUAUAUGUGUAUUUCUUGACGAAGCAAAGAAUGGAGCCAUUGUAAUAUCGUUUGGAACAAACGUAAAAUGGAAAUCUAUCGGGCUAGAUAAGAUUAAGACUGUUAUAUCGGUUUUAUCGAAACUGAAGCAACGAGUGCUAUGGAAAUUAGAUAUUGAAGUGCCAUUUCAAAUACCGGACAAUCUAAUGAUUGUGAAAUGGAUGCCACAAAACGAAGUUAUGUCUCAUAAAAACGUAAAAGCAGUUUGGACGCAUGGUGGUCUUCUCAGCAUGCAUGAAGUCAUUUGGAAGGGUAUACCAAUGAUCAUUACGCCUUUCUUUAUGGAUCAAAAAUAUAAUUCACAAAUAUUAGUAUCUAAAGGCGUUGCCAUUCGUGUGGAUAUUGACACUUUGUCUAUGCAAACUAUAUUAUACGCAGUUGAAGAAAUACUUUACAAUGAGAGUUAUACAAGAAACAUGAAACAAUUAUCCAGUGAAUUCCGAGAUCGACCAGUACCGCCGUUAGAUUUAGCUAUUUGGAGCAUCGAAUACACUGUCCGUCAUCCAAAUGGAACUUUAGCAACGCCGCUUAGAUCUCAGAGCUGGGUGGAACAGAAUUUAAUAGAUAUUUAUGCAUUUUUAUUUUUUAUUAUUGCCACAACGUUGUUAAGUUUAUUCUUUAUAAUAAAGAUACUAAUUGAUUUUUAUUGUAACUAUACUGCAUUUACAUUGCAUAAGCGGAAACAAGCAUAAGCUGUUAAAACAUUAACAUGUAUGCGUAUAAUUAUUACAGUUAAUAAAUCUGAGGAAAUAAAAUUCAUGUACAAAUGUAAAAAAUGUGAUGUAAUACAAAUACAAUUAAUAUAUUAAUUGUAUUAAUGUUAUUUCUAUAAUUGAUACUAUGUUGUAUUGCAUUUAAUUGUAAAAAUAAUCUGAUUAAUAUAGAGAUAGAUAUAUAUUUA